AACGAAUCUGAUGUCCCCGCUGUUUCCUCCACGACGGCAGAGAGCGCACUUGCGCGCAUCAUCACACACUGAUAUUUUUUCUACGAUGUCAGAGUUCAGGCCGCACUGACAACAACGUGCGUGUGUUGUGAAUCUGUAUAACGCAAAUUAUAAUUUACAUCACAUAAAAAGGACACAAAACACGACAAGUGAUUGCAAUCAAAUCAAUCAGUCCAACAAAAAGUGCAAAACUGUUUCAGAUCUCAUCUUGUUGCAAGCAUCUACCCAAAAUGAGAAACCUCAGUCUGCUGCAGCGCUUCAGCUGUGUGGAUCUUUCUAUCCCGGGAUCCCCGCAGUGCUUGACCAUCAGGAGCGAGACUGGAACCGUGCUGGUGGCCUCUGAGCUUGCCAUCACAGAGUUUGACCCUCGGACCGAAGAGGUUUAUAAAGAGGUUUCACUGACGGCAGAUGACUAUCUCCCAGAGGACGGUAGUGGGGUUGUGGUGGCCAUACAAGAUCUGCCAGAUCAGGAGUCAGUGUGUGUGGCCACUGCCAGUGGUGAUGUCAUUCUCUACAACCUCAACACCAGUCAGUUGGAAUGUGUUGGCAGUGUGGAAAGCGGCCUUACUGGCAUGACGUGGAGCCCAGAUCAAGAGCUGGUGACUCUGACCACAGGUCAGGAGACCAUUAUCAUGAUGACCAAGGACUUUGAGCCGAUAACUGAGGUUGCAAUCAAUCAGGAUGACUUUGGCGAAGAUAAGUUCAUCACAGUUGGUUGGGGGAAGAAGGAGACUCAGUUUCAUGGCUCUGAGGGCAAGCAGGCCGCCCAGCGGAAAGCAGCGGAAGUGCAGCCUGCCCUGCCAUGGGACAACAGGAAGCCAAGAAUCACUUGGCGUGGCGAUGGGCAAUUUUUUGCUGUCAGUGCUGUUUGUCCUCAGACUGGUGCUCGAAAGGUUCGAAUCUGGAACCGAGAAUGUGUCUUGCAGGCCACCAGCGAGGUUGUUAAUGGUCUAGAACAGCCUCUCUGCUGGAAACCCUCUGGCAGCCUGAUCGCUUCCACGCAGCGGCACCCUAACAAACACAGUGUGGUGUUUAUGGAAAAGAACGGACUGUUGCAUGGAGAUUUUACUCUGCCUUUUGGAAAGGAACAGGUCAAGGUAAAGGAGCUGCUGUGGAACAGUGACUCUACUGUUCUGGCUGUUUGGAUGGAGGACUUGAAGCCCAGGGAGAACGACCAUCCCAACACAUACAUUCAGCUGUGGACAGUUGGGAAUUAUCACUGGUAUCUAAAGCAGAGUUCGCAUUUUGGCAAUGAGGCCCUCAGGGCUCCGGCGUGUGUGUGUUGGGAUCCUGAGAAGCCCUUGCGUCUCCAUCUCCUGACUCGAGGAUGGGCCAGCUACACCUACGACUGGGGCUGGAGCACGCAACGCAGUCAUGGCAACGAUUGCCAUGACAACGCCAGUGUGGCAGUGAUUGAUGGAGAUAAAAUCCUGGUGACAACAUUCCGCCAGUGUGUGAUCCCUCCACCUAUGUGUGCUUUUGAACUUCAACUUCCUGUUCCUGUCAACUUGGUCACCUUCCAUUCUCAAGCCCAGAGGACCAAUGAGCUCGCUGCUCUCACAGCCGAUGGGCAUAUUUAUGUAUACGGUCAAGGUGGUGGAGUGGAAAAUGGAGGUGUACUCAGGGUACCUGGCUUUAAAGUCAUCUCAACACCAUUAGUAUUAAGAAAGACUUACAGGGUCGCCAUUGAUCAGGAGGAACCUCUGACGCUGCGCUUGCUGCUGUGGUUGAGUGAGGAUUUGUUUUUGGCUGUGGCCCACGGAAGACACUUGACCCGCCUGCUGAAGCUCACCCCAUCGGACAGCCAGGACCCCAAGGACACGCUGGAGAUCAGGUCAGACGUUCCGGUGGAUGGUUUUGCGAUCAGCUUGUGUCACGGCCUCAGAAAUGGCACUGUGGCUCUGCAACUUGAUGACGGACAGAUCCGGAAAGUUCAAAUGGACUCUUCAGAGCUCAGUCUAACAGAAUGGAAGGAUUCUACUGGCAAUACUAUUAACUUCCCCCGGCCUUGUGUUCAGACGGCACUAAGUACCCUCAGCGGAGAGGAACAUUUGAUAGGCCUCACAGAGAGAUCACACCUCUACAUCAGUGACUCACUGGUGGCCUCCAAUAUCUCCUCGUUUGUAGUUUAUGAUGACUUCCUUUUGCUCACCACACACUCUCACAUGUGCCACUGUCUCAACCUCAGCACACUCUCUAUUAAAGGUAUUCUGACAUCACACGUGAGAAAAACUACACCAGAACUGGAAAUCGCUCUUCAGAAGGUCCAUGAGUUAAGAGUAAACCCACCCAGCGGCAGCAACGGUGCUAGCGCAGAGGAAGCUCUGAAGUAUCUUCUCUUCCUCGUCAAUGUGAAUGAGCUGUAUGAACACUCCCUCGGCACCUACGAUUUUGAUCUAGUGCUCAUGGUGGCUGAAAAAUCUCAGAAGGACCCUAAAGAGUACCUGCCAUUUCUGAACAUGCUGAAAACCCUGGAGCCGAACUACCAGCGCUACACCAUCGAUAAACACCUCAAGAGAUACAGGAAGGCCUUACAUCACCUCAGCAAGUGUGGUGAAGAACACUUCACAGAGUUGUUAUCCUUGGUGAAGGAUCAGAGACUGUACAGUGAUGCUCUUGAGCUCUAUCCUUCAGACAGUGAGCAAUACAAGACCCUGAGCGUGGCCUAUGCAGAGCAUCUAGUUGAGCAGCAGCAGGCGGAGCAGGCGGGACUGUUGCUAUGGAGAUGUGGAGAGAAUGCCCGUGCCCUGCAGGCCUUCAUCAGCUGUACGAGCUGGAGAAACACCCUCGCUGUGGCAACACACAUCCCAUUACCACCCGAACAGUUGGCACUGCUCGCCCGAGACCUGGCAGAGAAACUUCUGGAGGCCAGAAGGCAUGCAGAAGCCGCCCUGUGUUUGGAGCAGUAUGCUAAGGAUUGUGAGGAGGCCAUCUCUGCUCUGAUACAGGGAGCUGCAUGGGAAGAAGCACUCAGAUUGAUUUAUCUGUACAACAGACAGGACAUCAUUGAGACUGAUCUGAAGUCUGCACUUCUAGAUGCUCACAGUAAUCAGACGUCUUUCCUGGAGUCCCAGAAGACUCUGUUCAUCCGUCACAAAAACCGCCUUGCUGUGGUCCGAGAACUCAAAGCCAAGGCCAGACUGGAGUUAUUUGAUGAGGACGGCCCUGACUGUGCAGACGCUGAGCUCUACUCAGAGGCCAGCAGCGUCUUGACCGGCAGCCAUCUUGGCUCAAAAUACUCCCGCAGCAACUCUCGCAUUUCAUCGAGGUCGUCUAAGAAUCGUAGGAAAGCAGAGGGAAAGAAACACAGUCUAAAGGAGGGAAGCCCAUUUGAGGACAUCGCCCUCCUGAACGCACUUAUUCAAAUCAUCACCAUUGUUGAUAAGAUGAGAGAGGAAGUUCACAGCCUGCUGAAGGCUCUGGUGCUCUUCCAGUUUGACGGUCCGGCCAGCAGCCUGCAGAGAGACUAUGGUGAGCUGCUCCAGCUCAUGGAAACGGCCCUUCCAGAGAUCUGGACUGAGAACCUGCAGCAUGGCCAAACUCCAUUCACAGGUCCAAACUCAACAGCCAAUAGCAUUAUGGCAUCAUUUCAACAGCAGAGACCCGCUGUGCCUCAGCAAGAAGCCCCGACUGCUCCAAAGAUGAGGAACACGGUUAAGUGGAAACUCAGCAUUCUCAAAUAGUUUGCAUGUGUCUUUAGGCUUUUUUUGUGUGUGGUAAUUUUACGCAAAUAAAAUGUCUGUAUUUUAUGGAUUAUUAUGGAAGAAUUAAAAAUUAUGAAAUGUUUGUCUUCUGAGCUUCAUUUGAUAGC